ACUUCUACGCACUUUAUAUUCCGUGAUCGUGAUUCGCGUUCGAAACGGCACUUCAAACUGUAUUGGCUUCAAUCGGUGUUACAUAUUAAAAAAAAGCUUUUGAAGAUGAGUAUUCUAGCUUAUAAUGGAGGUGCUAUUAUAGCAAUGAAAGGCAAGAACUGCGUGGCAAUAGCUGCUGAUCGCAGAUUUGGUAUACAAGCACAAACAAUAACAUGUGACUUUCAAAAAAUCUUUGAAGUGGGACCAUACUUGUAUCUGAGUCUUCCAGGACUUGCUACUGACACUCAAACUGUAAUGGAAAGGUUAAGGUUUCGAUACAACCUUUACGAAUUAAAGGAAAAUAGGAAGAUUCAGCCUAAAACGUUUGCAGCCAUGAUCUCAAAUUUAUUGUAUGAGAGAAGAUUUGCACCAUACUUUGUGGAACCCAUUGUUGCUGGAUUAGAUCCAGUUACUUUUGAACCAUACAUUUGUAACAUGGACUUAAUAGGAUGUAUAUGCAGGCCAGGAGAUUUUGUGGUCGGGGGAACAUGUACUGAACAGCUUUAUGGAAUGUGUGAAUCACUUUAUGAACCAAAUUUGGAACCAGAUGAUCUUUUUGAGACUAUCAGCCAAGCUUUAGUAAAUGCAUGUGACAGAGAUGCAAUAUCUGGUUGGGGUGCUGUUGUUUAUGUAAUAGAAAAAGACAAAGUUACAACAAGGGUUGUCAAAACAAGAAUGGAUUAAGCUGAUCACACAGAAUUACAUUAUGUAUAAGUUUAUAAUUUGGAAGCACCUACUAAAGAAAUGUAUACUCUGUUUAAAUAAAUUAAUAAUUUUCAAUAAA